UAGUAUUCCUUGUAUGCCUACGUCGCAGAUAAGAGUGAAAAAAUGCGCUGAAAAACAAAAGAAAAUAUCCCGCAAGAGUGUUAGUCGAAUGGCACGCUAUAAUGUCAAUAGUACUCAUUUCAUCAUAAAAUUUACGGCGAACUUGCGGAAAAGAGAUAAAAAAAUAACACAUCAGCAAAUGCACCAUGUUCAUAUAUUAAUUGGGCACAUGCGCUACCACAUAAAAUCAAAGUUGGCGAUUGAGAUUCCAUUUAAUCCUCAACCACCAAAAGAUCAUUUACUUCACCAAGACUUAUCCGAGGAGGAGAAGAAAAAAUUUGUCGACGAAGUCCAGAAGGUACUACGAAAGAUCUUCUCCUGCGAGGUUAUCCCAGCCCGAGAUAUUCAUUUUUAUUGUUCGUUAAUUAGCCGAAAAUGUUGUUUUAAACAAGAGGAAAUAAACGAAUUUUUAGGUUGUUGAUAUGGUUUUUUUUA